UGUGUAAAUGUAAACUGAUGAAGCUAAACUAAAACACGAAACAGUUUCGUGCCCGCAUCGUUUGCAGAUGCUUUGUGGACAGUUUUAUUAUAUUUUUGAAAUGAAUAAAAUCUCAUUCAAUAGUUUUACGUAGAAUAAAAAUUGGUAGUUUGUAUUAUGUUGUAAAUUAUAAUUAGUUUCUAUUUUAAACUAAUCGUUUUCCUGCAAAAGAAUAUUCGAGCAAUCAUUGUACCUUGUGAUUUAUUGUUAUUAUUUUGUUCUCCAAAGCGUUGCUGAAGCAGUAUUUUGGAAUUUUCAAUCCGGCACUGGUAAUUGGAAAUAGGAACGGAUCCUGAAGAAUACUGUCGAUGCCAGUGUUUCGUUCUAGCCGUAGAAUCAUGAGCACAAGCUAUCCUAAGGCACCUCUAGGAGUAAGAUUAGCGACUGCUCUCAGCGGAUCGCUUUGUCCCCGAUGGCAAGUCAAUCGGCUUCUUUGGUUCAAAUGCUCAGUACUCACGUUAACAUAUCUAGCGUACAUGUGUUACCACAUGACGAGGAAGCCCAUUUCCGUCGUUAAGUCGGUACUGCAUCGAAACUGUUCCGGCGUUCGAUUACCACCAGAGUUCAUACAUAAUGUCGGUGAACCACCAAACGACAGCACCUGGUGCGAUUAUCCUCCAUUCGAUGGGCCCGACUCUGCAGCGCUGCUUGGUUCGUUGGACUCCUCGUUUCUGUUCAGCUAUGCAAUAGCGAUGUUCUUUUCGGGGUUCAUAGCGGAACGGGUGUCACUGCGUUAUUUUCUAUCGCUUGGAAUGCUGUUUUCCGGCAUUUUUUGCUAUCUGUUCGGCGUGGCCAAAGUGUACGACAUUCACUCAAUGGCAUAUUUCGUGUUCGUGCAAGCGAUGGCCGGAAUGUUCCAAACAACCGGGUGGCCAGGCGUUGUGACUAUUGUAGGACGUUGGUUCGGAAAAUCAAAGCGUGGGUUGAUCUUUGGCAUCUGGAACAGUCACACGUCGAUUGGAAACAUUCUGGGUUCCUUGAUAGCGGCUCACUAUGUGGAAAGUGACUGGGCCAUGUCGUUCAUCGUGCCAGGGUUUUUGAUGGGUGUGUUUGGGUUUGUUAUGUUUUUGUUUCUGGUGGAUCGGCCUGAGAUUGUUGACUGUCAGGAAAAAGUUGGAGAUAGAAAGAAUGGCUUCAGGAGGCUAGAGGAUGGUAGAUCUGGAGAUUCGGCAGGGAAUUCUGAUACCGAUGAGGUUGCUAUUACUAACAGCGAACAGGAUGUUAACGAACGCACACCAAUUAUAGGCAGUAUUAAUCGGGCACCGAUGCAAGAAGACGCAAUCGGUUUUGCCGGAGCACUCAAAAUUCCAGGUGUUAUCGAGUUCUCCCUCAGUCUUUUUUUCUCGAAAUUGGUUAGCUAUACAUUUCUCUUCUGGCUUCCACUGUACAUUCAGUCCUCCACGACGAUGGGUGCAGAAUUAAGUGCGGAUAUAUCGACAUUGUUCGAUAUUGGGGGCAUCGUUGGUGCUAUUGCGGCUGGUAUGAUCUCUGACUCGACUGGAAUGUCUGCGAGCACUUGCACUGGAAUGCUGUUGUUAGCUGCUCCGACUUUGCUUAUUUAUCAAAAGUGGGGUGCGAUCUCAUUGUCCGUUAACAUCUGCCUACUCUUUUUGACAGGAGUACUAGUGAACGGUCCUUAUGCACUUAUAACUACUUCCGUCAGUGCUGAGUUAGGUCAGCAUAGCUCAUUGAACGGGAACGCAAAGGCUUUAGCCACAGUUACGGCUAUCAUUGAUGGAACUGGUUCCAUUGGAGCGGCGGUGGGGCCACUUUUUGCAGGGUUGGUAUCGUCUUCCGGAUGGGAAAACGUUUUCUAUAUGCUAAUAGCUUCGGACUUAUGUGCACUUUUGCUACUGUUGCGACUUGUCGGAAAGGAACUAAAUCGGCGAUCGCGGCCACGGAAUGUUCGCAUAGAGUGAUAUAAUAGAUGUUUAAGUUAGACGAAUAACAAAAAAUAUGCUGUCCAUUACACAGGCAAUUAGUUUUUUUCAAUGUUUUGAAAUACUUUGACUAUUCAGCCACAUUUGUUGCAGUAAACGCCUAGAAAUGUACUUUUUACAUAAACUAUGAAUGCUUACAAAAA